GCCCCCUCCGCCUUCCCGGCAUGCAAUGCUGUAAACCAUAGAGACGGGAUUUAUUCCAAACAGUCACUGUGACGGCUCUAUCUCGUGGACCCGGCUUUGCUCCACGCCACUUACACUAGAGAUGGGAGAACAUCCCAAACUGUCCGUUUUGGUUGCUCCUAGACCGGCGGGGAGGUGAAAGCGCUCCGCCCCGCACAAAGAUGGCGACCGCUAGUCAGGCUUCACCCCGCCCCGCACAAAGAUGGCGCCCCCAUGGUAAUGGUCCGGCUAAGUCUCGCCACAGUCACCAUCUUUGUGAGGGGCACACGGACGGCCUACUGCGGCCUCCAUCUUUAAGAGGGGCGAUAUUAGGGUCUAUGGUGGCCGCCAUCCUUGUGAAGGGCACGGCCUGCUCGCGGGGGAGGGGUGGACGGGUCUGGGGAUUGUUCCCGCGAGAUUUUGGAGGGGGAGGAGCCUCGCUGCCACGUCGGGUCUGAGCCGGAGCUAACGGAUCCCAGUGACGCCGUGACAGCAGGAUGGCGCUGCCUGGACGGACGCAGGGCAGAGCGGGACUCUAUGGCCCAGUCGCCGCCAUGAUGGUCUGUGCAGCGCUGAUACAGAUUACUUCUUCGCACGAGGAUCUGCACCACGGGCAUUUGCACGAGGAUCUGCACCACGGGCACAGCCACGCUGAGGAUCUGUACCACGGGCACAGCCACAAGGAUCUGCACCAUGGGCACAGCCAUGCUGGGCACAGCCACGCUGAGGAUCUGCACCACGGGCACAGCCACGCUGAGGAUCUGCACCACGGGCACAGCAAUGCUGAGGAUUUGCACCACGGGCACAGCCACGCUGGGCACAGCCACGAGGAUCUGCACCACGGGCACAGCCACGAGGAUCUGCACCACGGGCACAGCCACGAGGAUCUGUACCACGGGCACAGCCACAAGGAUCUGCACCAUGGGCACAGCCAUGCUCACCACAGCCACUCGCACGGAGACUUCCAUGGCCAUGGGCAUUCGCACAAGGACUUCCAUGGCCCCAGCGAGGCCGACUUUAGCCACCAGCCCAAGGAGGUCCAUGUUCCGCACUCGGCUGAGGGCUCCCCGAGCCACCAGCAGUUGCCUGGGAAGGAGAGGCAGGACUUGGUCACGCUAUGGACACACGCCAUCGGAGCCACCUUGCUGAUCAGCGCCGCCCCCUACUUCAUCCUCUUCCUCAUCCCCGUGGAGUCAAACACUUCCCAGCACCAGGCCCUGCUCAGGCUGCUGCUCAGCUUUGCCUCGGGGGGACUCCUGGGGGACGCCUUCCUGCACCUCAUCCCCCAUGCUUUGGUGCCCCAUUCCCACCACAUGGAGGGCAGCCAUGCCCAUUCUCACUCCCCCACGGUGUCGGCUGGCCAUGGUCACUCCCACCAAGGGCAGGAUCACCAGCGGAUGAUGGCUGUGGGGCUCUGGGUGCUGGCUGGCAUUGUAGCCUUCCUGGUGGUGGAGAAGUUUGUGAGACACGUGAAAGGGGGACAUGGCCAUGGGCACAGCCACGGCGGGCACAGCCACGGCGGGCACAGCCAUGCUCCCAAGGCGAAGAGCAGCUCUGGCGAGGAGGACAACGGGCCCCAGGAGAGGAAGGCCAGCAAGGCGCGUGCCCCUGACAAGGCAGCCCCCAAGAAGAGGGGCCAGGAGUCAGAGGAACAGACUCAGGAGUCCACAAUGAAGGUCUCUGGGUACCUGAACCUGGCGGCCGACCUGACGCACAACUUCACGGACGGGCUGGCGAUCGGGGCGUCGUUCCUGGCAGGGGCUGGGGUGGGGGCUGUGACCACCCUCACUGUGCUGCUGCACGAGGUGCCCCACGAAGUGGGCGACUUCGCCAUUCUCGUCCAGUCGGGCUGCAGCAAGCGCAAGGCCAUGAAGCUGCAGCUGCUGACGGCGCUGGGCGCCCUGGCAGGCACGGCUUGCUCACUGCUGGCCGAGGGCAUCGGGGAGGCGGCCACGGCCUGGAUCCUGCCCUUCACGGCGGGCGGGUUCAUCUACGUGGGCACCGUGUCAGUGAUCCCGGAGCUGCUGCGGGAUGCGGCGCCCCUGCAGUCCCUGCUGGAGGUGCUGGGGCUGGUCUGCGGCGUCGCCAUGAUGGUGCUCAUCGCGCACUACGAGUAGCCGGCCCCAGCAGGGGGCGCCUGGGGGGCGGUGGUGCGUGGACCCAGGCAUCUGGGAUGGGACUCCCUGUGGACUCCACGGGC